UUUGUUUACAAUCGUGUGUGAGGGCCAGCCAGGAGUGGAUGAAAAUUUUCAAGUGUAUUUUUGCUCGCGAAAGUUGGACCGAAAAGUGACUCGAAUCGCGCCGGAAAGCUAGCUCCCGAAGAUGAACUGAGUGCCAAGUGGACGCUGCAAGUGGCCGAAAGUAUGAAUCAGCCGCAGUACUCGUCGGAAGCCGGUGGUGGCCUGGCUGCGUUGGGCGGAGUGGGUGGCAAUGGCCCACCCCAGCUGCCAUUGUCUGAUCUGGAAAAGUCCUCCGCCCGGAAGGUGCGCAAGGAGGCGGAGAAGCAGCGCAAGCAGGCCAAAAAGUACGAGGAACAGCUGAAGAAGAUCCGCGGUCCGAAAAGCCAGAAGAUCCAGAUCAUCGACGAGAGCUUCCUGGAGAAGUACAACCAUGCCCAGACGCUGCCGCCGGGGCCGAGCCUCAAAACGAAGAAGAGGUCGAAGAAGACGCCCAGCGAAAUGGUUCAGCUCAAUCUGUCCGACUGCCUGCGGGACCGGCUGAGCUUGGCGGAGAAGGGCGAGCUGGGGCCGGGUGGCGAGCUGAAGACGGUCCUGAAACCGGUCGUCCCGAUUGCCAUCACCCAGCCGAUCGUCUUCCACAAGGGCAAGCAGCGCGAGGUCCCCAAGGAGAAGCGACUUACGAAGCUCAAAAAGGACAUCCUGAACAAUCGGAAGGCCAAACAGGACGAGGGCGCGGCACCGGUUGCUGCUGAGGUUGCCGGAACCGAAUCGUCCUCGCCGCAAUCGGUUGCGGAAGAAGUGGCACAACCGUCACAGUUCACGAAUGGACCAAAGCUAGGCGAGUCGCCGUUUUUGAAGGCGAUCGAACGGUGUUGCUCCACCGACGGCGGAGAUGUUGUGCCGCCCAGCGUCGGCUCGGAGGAGUACCAGAACGGAUUUCCGGCGCUUAACGAUACGGUAGCGAAGGUGCCGGAUAAGGAGAAGGGCGUGCAACAUUCCAGGGCGUUUCGGGCGUAUUGCGACCACCUAAUCACGGACGAGCUGCGUAGCCACGCCGAGACGCUGGUCACGAAGCUGUUCCAGUUCCAGACGAACGCGUACGGUAAGAAUCCGAUCAAGGCGGUCAGCAACAAGCGCUACUGCGUCGGCUUCAACGAGAUCCUCAAGUAUCUGGAGACGCGCAAGCUGAAGCUGGUGCUGAUCGCGCCCGAUCUGGAACCGAACGACAGCAUCGAUCAGCUGGUCGAGCGCGUCAAAACCAUCUGCCGGCAGACGCGCGUUCCGAUCGUGUUCGGGGUGAAGCGCAGAAAGCUGGGCUUCCACCUGCUGAAGAAGGUCCCGGUUAGUUGCGUGGGCGUGCUCAGCUAUAGCGGCGCGGACGAUACGGUUAAGCGUUUGCUUGAGCUCGCCGAGCAGGAACGCGUGAACCUCAGGGCGCAGCUGGCCGGCGGACACUAAAACCAGGACGCAAGCGCUUCUGUUUUACUCGAUGCCAAAGGUAUGAUAUUAUUCUAGUCAAAAGCAGCAACAUGCCAUUCCAGCAUAAUACUAAACAUGAUGCUCCCAGAAAAUCUUCCCCCAAUCACAAACAAAAAAAACAAUCCACUAAACUUUAAUAAUUAACACAAAAAAUAAAGUCAACUAUGUAAGUGUGCAAUGUGUGAAAUUCCCCGAAUUUAACGAAUCUCACUUCGGUUGCAAAUGCCCAAAUGAUUUCCGGUGGAAAGUGGUAUAAAUGUUUCAAUGUUGUAUCGCCGGGCUGGAGAGAGGGUUUAAACGUUAAAAUGAAAUGGUAUAAUAAAUUACGUGGC